GAAGGUAAGCGGACCGCCGGGCCGGAAGUCCGUUAAGUGGUCGAGGGGAGCGGUAUCGGUUGCGUCGACUUCGAAGAGCCGGGAUGGGCCGAAGCCGUUCUAGGUCGCCGCCUCGCAGGGAACGUCGGCGCUCUAGAUCCACUUCACGAGAGAGAGAGAGGAGGCGGCGGGAACGGUCAAGGUCCCGGGAGAGAGAAAGGAGGAGAAGUCGUUCCCGUUCACCACACAGGAGACGAUCGAGGUCUCCCCGGCGACACAGAUCCAGCUCUUCUUCGCCUUCCCGACAAAAAGAUGAAGAAAAAAAAAUCAAAGACUCCAAAGGCAAAGAGCGCCAGAUCACAGAAGAAGAUCUGGAGGGAAAAACAGAGGAAGAAAUAGAAAUGAUGAAAACAAUGGGCUUCUCAACCUUUGACACAACAAAGGGCAAGAAAGUGGAAGGCUCUGUAAAUGCCUAUGCUAUAAACGUAUCCCAGAAGAGGAAGUACAGGCAGUACAUGAACAGGAAAGGUGGAUUCAACAGGCCUCUGGACUUUAUUGCCUGACACCUGCACUUAUAACACAUGAAAAGACUUCACUCCCAUGUCUAUAUUGUCUUAGCAGCAGUACCUGUGGCAAAGAGGACAGGGAGCUCUUUUGGGAAGAGUUUGUGAAAAAGACUUUUUAUCUCAUAAGGGGAGAUUUAUCUCAUAAGGGUAAUGUUUUUGUCCUUUUGUUCUUCUCAAAAUGGCCUCCGCACAUCUUUCCCCCUUUUUGUAGGUUUCCGUUUUUAAAUGUUGCCAGCUAAAAUUAAAAGGAAAAAAGAAGAAUGUUUCCUGGAGCACACUUGCAGAGUAUAUUCAAAGGAUUAACAUUAGGAUGCAAAUGGGAUUUGUGUUGCAGAGGCUUGCAAAAUAUGUUAAAUAUACAACAUAAGACUUUUUUCUGAUGAAAGCUUGGUGAGAAGACCUGUUUGCAGCUUGUGGUCCGCUUGAUUUACUUCCAGUUUUGCUUUGGAGGUUGUCUAGUUAUCCUCAUUCCAUUUCCGUACAGCAGAGGGCACUGCAGUUAUUUUGGUUGUAAAAAAAGCCUAUAUGUGUGCUUGUAUGAUAUCCAUGUAGUACUGUGGGUGACUUUCUACUGAUGUUUACAGAACAAAUCAACACUUGCUUUUUGUACAGUUGAUGCAUACAGCUCUGCAUACUAAUGUUUGUGUCACCUUCAGUACAAAAUUUUUGAAAUAGAUUUGGGGAGAGCUAUAUGGGCAUGCAGAGAACACUGGGCCUUAGAGGUUUGCCUGAGACACAAGAAAAGCAACCACUGCUAACUUAUGUGGGUUUUUCUACCCUUUUUAUAAACCAUUGAAACCAGUAGUCAUCACCACCUCUUGAUGAAAAUUCUGCAUUAUACAUUAUGUUCCCUUGAAGGACUUCAUACCAGGUGGCAGAGGCAAGGAGGUGGCUAGCACAGUUUAUUGGAUGCUUUCUCAUGCUGACAUUUCUAUGGAUUUUUUUUUUUUAAAAAGAGAACACCUUCAAGGCUUAAGGUGAGGUGCAGAGUUGAUGAAACCAUAGUGGGAGCUAGGCAGAUACAAACCACAGAGUGCAAGCUACCACUCUGUGAAAUUAAGAACUUUAUGAUGGAUCAUGUAAGUGUAGGAGACUGAGUGCCUUUUCUUUUUGAGUUUUCCAUUUUAGCAAGUGAAUGCCAUCAAGAUUCUGUUUGUUUGUUUUCCCUCCUCUUCAGAGUGCUUACCACUUCAGGCUGAAGUCCAAGGCACACUUAAAAUAAGAGUAAACCCUGCAUAGUUCAGCCAGGCUUGAUUUUG